AUGACUGAGAUCUCAGCUGGUGCCCAGGAGGGUGCCAAUGGGCGGUCGGUGCCCUACGUCAAUGGCAAAGCGUCGUAUGCAGAGAAGUUCAAUAUCGCAGACCACUUCAUCGGCGGAAACCGAGUAGAGAAUGCGCCUCCCAGCAAGGUCAAGGACUUUGUUGUCCAGAACGGCGGUCACACCGUUAUUACCAACGUCCUCAUUGCGAACAACGGUAUCGCCGCCGUCAAGGAGAUCCGAUCAGUCCGAAAAUGGGCCUACGAGACGUUCGGCGACGAGCGAGCCAUUCACUUCACCGUGAUGGCUACCCCCGAAGAUCUGCAGGCCAACGCAGAGUACAUUCGAAUGGCCGACCACUACGUCGAGGUUCCCGGCGGCACCAACAACCACAACUAUGCCAACGUCGAGCUGAUUGUGGAUAUUGCUGAGCGCAUGAACGUCCAUGCCGUCUGGGCUGGAUGGGGCCACGCCUCCGAGAAUCCCAAGCUGCCUGAGUCGCUGGCCGCCUCCCCAAAGAAGAUCGUCUUCAUCGGUCCCCCCGGCUCCGCCAUGCGAUCACUAGGCGACAAGAUCUCCUCCACAAUCGUAGCACAACACGCCGACGUACCUUGUAUUCCCUGGUCGGGAACUGGCGUCAGCGACGUCGCUGUCGACGACAAGGGCAUUGUCACCGUCGCCGACGACAUCUACGCCAAGGGAUGUGUGACCUCGUGGGAGGAGGGUCUGGAGAAGGCCAAGGAGAUUGGCUUCCCCGUCAUGAUCAAGGCUUCCGAGGGUGGUGGUGGUAAGGGUAUCCGAAAGGCCGUCGCCGAGGAGGGUUUCGAGGCUCUCUACAAGGCCGCCGCCAGCGAAAUCCCUGGCUCUCCCAUCUUCAUCAUGAAGCUUGCCGGCAACGCCCGACAUCUCGAGGUUCAGCUGCUCGCUGAUCAGUACGGCAACAACAUCUCCCUCUUCGGCCGAGAUUGCUCCGUUCAGCGACGUCACCAGAAGAUUAUUGAGGAGGCUCCCGUCACCAUUGCGAAGCCCGACACGUUCAAGGCCAUGGAGGAGGCCGCUGUCCGUCUCGGUAAGCUGGUCGGUUACGUCUCCGCCGGUACCGUCGAGUACCUCUACUCCCACGCCGACGACAAGUUCUACUUCCUGGAGCUCAACCCCCGUCUCCAGGUCGAGCAUCCUACCACUGAGAUGGUCAGUGGUGUCGAUCUGCCUGCUGCUCAGCUGCAGAUUGCUAUGGGUCUUCCCCUUCACCGCAUCCGCGAUAUUCGACUCCUGUACGGCGUCGACCCCAAGACGUCGAGCGAGAUCGACUUUGAGUUCAAGAACGAGGGCACUGCUCUGAGCCAGCGACGACCCCAGCCCAAGGGCCACACCACCGCUUGCCGAAUCACCUCUGAGGAUCCCGGUGAGGGCUUCAAGCCUUCCAACGGUGUCAUGCACGAGCUCAACUUCAGGAGUAGCUCCAACGUCUGGGGUUACUUCUCCGUCGGUUCGCAGGGUGGUAUUCACAGUUUCUCGGACUCUCAGUUCGGUCACAUUUUCGCUUAUGGCGAGAACCGUUCUGCUUCGCGGAAGCACAUGGUCAUGGCCCUCAAGGAGCUGAGCAUUCGUGGUGAUUUCCGAACCACCAUUGAGUACCUCGUCAAGCUUCUCGAGACCGAGGCCUUCGAGGAGAACACCAUCUCCACUGGCUGGCUGGAUGAGCUCAUCUCCAAGCGUCUUACCGCUGAGCGACCUGAGACCAUGCUCGCCGUUGUCUGCGGUGCCAUCACCAAGGCUCACAUUGCCAGUGAGGCAUGCAUGGCCGAGUAUCGCGCUGGCCUCGAGAAGGGUCAGGUUCCCUCCAAGGAUAUCCUGAAGACGGUCUUCACUAUUGACUUCAUCUACGAGGGUUUCCGAUACAAGUUCACCGCCACCCGUGCCAGCUCUGACAGCUACCAUCUCUUCAUCAACGGCUCCAAGUGCUCGGUUGGUGUCCGUGCUCUGAGCGACGGUGGUCUCCUUAUCCUGCUCGACGGACGAAGCCACAACGUCUACUGGAAGGAGGAAGUUGGUGCAACCCGUCUGUCCGUUGACAACAAGACCUGCUUGUUGGAGCAGGAGAACGACCCUACCCAGCUUCGCUCUCCUAGCCCUGGUAAGCUCGUCAAGUACACUGUCGAGAACGGUGCCCACGUCCGAGCUGGCCAGACCUAUGCUGAGGUCGAGGUCAUGAAGAUGUACAUGCCCCUCGUUGCUCAGGAGGAUGGUGUUGUCCAGCUCAUCAAGCAGCCCGGAGCCACUCUUGAGGCCGGUGACAUCCUUGGUAUCCUUGCCCUGGAUGACCCUACCCGCGUGAAGCAGGCUCAGGCUUUCGUUGACAAGCUCCCUGCCUACGGUGAGCCUGUUGUCAUUGGUUCUAAGCCUGCUCAGCGCUUCUCUGUCCUCUACAACAUCCUCAACAACAUCCUCCUCGGCUACGACAACUCCGUCAUUAUGCUGCCUACCCUCAAGGAGCUUAUUGAGGUUCUCCGAGACCCCGAGUUGCCCUACAGCGAGUGGAACGCUCAGUUCUCGGCCCUCCACGCCCGCAUGCCCCAGAAGCUCGAUGCUCAGUUCACUCAGAUCGUCGACCGCGCCAAGUCCCGACACGCCGAGUUCCCUGCCAAGUCCCUUGGCAAGGCUUUCCACCGGUUCCUCGAGGACAACGUCGCUCCUGCUGAUGUCGACAUGCUCAAGACCACCCUCGCUCCCCUUACUGAAGUCAUCGACAUGUACUCUGAGGGCCAGAAGAACCGUGAGCUUUCCGUCAUCAAGGGUCUUCUCGAGCAGUACUGGGAGGUUGAGAACCUCUUCAUGAACCAGCCUCAGGAGGAUGCUGUUGUUCUUAAGCUCCGUGACCAGCACAAGGACGACAUCAUGAAGGUUGUUCACACUGUCCUGUCUCACAGCCGUGUCAGCGCCAAGAGUUCCUUCGUCCUGGCCAUUCUUGAGGAGUACCGCCCCAACAAGCCCAAGGCUGGCAACAUUGCCAAGAACCUUCGCGACACUCUCCGCAUGCUCACUGAGCUUCAGUCCUCGCGCCCCACCUCCAAGGUCUCUCUCAAGGCCCGCGAGAUCAUGAUCCAAUGCUCUCUUCCCUCCCUCGAGGAGAGAACCGCCCAGCUGGAGCACAUCCUGCGCACCUCCGUUAUCGAGUCCCGAUACGGUGAGACUGGCUGGGACCACCGAGAGCCUAGCCUGGACAUCAUCAAGGAGGUCGUUGACUCCAAGUACACUGUCUUCGACGUCUUGACCAUGUUCUUUGCUCACGAUGACCCCUGGGUGUCUCUGGCUUCUCUUGAGGUUUAUGUUCGCCGAGCGUACCGUGCCUACAUCCUCAAGUCGAUCGAGUACCACCAGGACGAGUCUGACGCUCCCCUGUUUGUGUCUUGGGACUUCCAGCUUCGCAAGCUUGGCCAGUCCGAGUUCGGCCUGCCUCUGCAGUCUGCUGCUCCCUCCACCCCCGCUACCCCCAGCGGAGGCGAGUUCAAUUUUAAGCGAAUUCACUCGAUCAGCGACAUGUCUUACCUCACCCACAAGUGGGAGGAUGAGCCUACUCGCAAGGGUGUCAUUGUUCCUUGCAAGUACAUCGACGAUGCUGAGGAUCUUAUCGGCAAGGCUCUUGAGACCCUGGCCACUGAGCAGAGGCAGAGGAAGAAGCACACCACUCCCGGCCUUAUCCCUGACCUGAGUGGUAAGCGCAAGCCCGUCCAGGCCAAGCAGGAGGUGGAGGAGCUGUCCGCUGUUAUCAACGUCGCUAUCCGCGAUUCUGAGAGCCGCGAUGACCGUGAGACUCUUGAGCGCAUCCUGCCUAUCGUUGAGCAGUACAAGGAUGAGCUCCUCGCUCGAGGUGUCCGCCGUCUGACGUUCAUCUGCGGUCACAGCGAUGGCUCCUACCCCGGAUACUACACUUUCCGAGGACCCGAGUACAAGGAAGAUGAUAGCAUUCGUCACAGCGAGCCCGCUCUUGCUUUCCAGCUCGAGCUUGCUCGUCUGGCCAAGUUCCACAUCAAGCCUGUUUUCACUGAGAACAAGAGCAUCCACGUGUACGAGGGUGUUGGCAAGGCUGUGGACACUGACAAGCGGUACUUUACUCGUGCUGUCAUCCGUCCUGGUCGUCUUCGGGAUGAGAUUCCCACCGCUGAGUAUCUCAUCUCUGAGGCUGACCGUGUCGUCAACGACAUUUUUGAUGCCCUGGAGAUUAUCGGCAACAACAACUCCGAUCUGAACCAGGUCUUCAUCAACUUCACCCCCGUGUUCCAACUCCAGCCCAAGGAGGUUGAGGAGUCCCUGCAGGGCUUCCUUGACCGAUUCGGUAUCCGAGCUUGGCGCCUCCGUAUCGCUCAGGUUGAGAUUCGCAUUAUUUGCACGGAUCCCCAGACCGGAACUCCUUACCCUCUCCGUGUUGUCAUCACCAACACCUCCGGCUAUGUCGUCGACGUCGACAUGUACGCUGAGCGCAAGUCGGAGAAGGGCGAGUGGGUCUUCCACAGCAUUGGUGGUACCCACGAGAAGGGUCCCAUGCAUCUGCUGCCCGUCUCUACCCCCUAUGCCACCAAGAACUGGCUCCAGCCUAAGCGAUACAAGGCUCACCUCAUGGGCACUCAGUACGUCUACGACUUCCCUGAGCUGUUCCGACAGGCUAUCCAGAACACCUGGACCAAGGCUGUCAAGCUUCAGCCCAGCCUGGCCUCUCAGCAGCCCAAGACUGGUGACUGCAUCAGCUUCACUGAGCUCGUGCUUGAUGACAAGGACAACCUCGACGAGGUGAACCGUGAGCCUGGUACCAACACUUGUGGUAUGGUUGGUUGGAUCUUCAGGGCCCGCACCCCUGAGUACCCCAACGGCCGACGAUUUAUCGUCAUUGCCAACGAUAUUACCUACAAGAUUGGUUCUUUCGGUCCCAAGGAAGAUGACUUCUUCCACAAGUGCACUGAGCUUGCUCGCAAGCUGGGUAUUCCCCGUAUCUACCUGUCUGCCAACUCUGGUGCUCGCCUUGGUCUUGCGGAUGAGCUCAUGGGCCACUUCAAGGUUGCUUGGAACGAUGCCAACAACCAGCAGGGUGGCUUCCGAUACCUCUACCUUGACGAGGAGACCAAGACCCGCUUCGAGAAGGACGUCAUCACCGAGGAGGUCUCUGAGGAUGGUGAGAAGCGACACAAGAUUGUCACCAUCAUUGGUAAGGAGGAGGGUCUUGGUGUUGAGUGUCUGAGGGGAUCCGGUCUUAUUGCCGGUGCCACCAGCCGAGCCUACAACGACAUCUUCACCGUGACCCUGGUGACCUGCCGAUCAGUUGGUAUUGGUGCUUACCUCGUCCGUCUUGGUCAGCGUGCUGUCCAGAUUGAGGGUCAGCCCAUCAUCCUGACUGGUGCCCCUGCCCUUAACAACCUGCUUGGUCGUGAGGUGUACACCUCUAACCUGCAGCUCGGUGGCACUCAGAUCAUGUACCGCAACGGUGUCUCCCACAUGACCGCUAACGACGACUUUGCUGGUGUCUCCAAGAUUGUCGAGUGGAUGUCGUUUGUUCCCGAGAAGCGCAACAGCCCCGUGCCCGUCAGCCCUAGCGUGGACGACUGGGACCGUGACAUCACCUACUUCCCUCCCCAGAAGCAGCCCUACGAUGUCCGGUGGAUGAUUGGUGGCCGCGAGGGUGAGGACGGUUUCGAGUCUGGUCUGUUCGACAAGGACUCGUUCGUCGAGGCUCUUGGUGGCUGGGCCAAGACUGUUGUUGUCGGUCGUGCUCGUCUCGGUGGUAUCCCCAUGGGUGUCAUUGCUGUUGAGACUCGAUCGGUUGAGAACAUUACUCCUGCCGACCCUGCCAACCCUGACUCUAUCGAGCAGGUCAGCAACGAGGCCGGUGGUGUGUGGUACCCCAACUCUGCCUUCAAGACUGCCCAGGCCAUCAACGACUUCAACAACGGUGAGCAGCUGCCCCUGAUGAUCCUUGCCAACUGGCGUGGUUUCUCUGGUGGUCAGCGAGACAUGUACAACGAGGUGCUCAAGUAUGGAUCCUUCAUCGUCGACGCCCUCGUCAAGUACGAGCAGCCCAUCUUCAUCUACAUCCCUCCCUUUGGUGAGCUCCGUGGUGGAUCUUGGGUCGUCGUCGACCCUACAAUCAACCCCACGGCUAUGGAGAUGUACGCCGAUGUCGAGGCCCGUGGUGGUGUCCUUGAGCCCGAGGGUAUCAUUGGUAUCAAGUACCGCAAGGACAAGCAGGUCAAGACCAUGGAACGCAUGGAUCCUGAGUAUGCCGGCCUUAAGAAGCAGCUUGAGGACCUCAGCCUGUCUACCGAGGAGACCGACGAGAUUAAGAAGAAGAUGGCCAUCCGCGAGAAGCAGCUGCUGCCCGUGUACGCCCAGAUCGCCGUUCAGUUCGCCGACCUGCACGACCGUGCUGGCCGCAUGAAGGCCAAGGGUGUUAUCCGAGACUCUCUUGAGUGGACCAACGCUCGUCGCUACUUCUACUGGCGUCUUCGCCGCCGUCUCAACGAGGAGUACAUCAUCCGCCGCAUGACCUCGACCAUCAUCAGCACUUCGCACAGCCAGACUGCUGCUAAGAACGCUGAGACGCGUGCCAAGUACCUGCACCUUCUCCGCAGCUGGUCGGGCAUUGUCGACUGGGAGAAGGAUGACCAGGCCGUCACUGAGUGGUAUGAGACUGAGCGCAAGACUAUUGGUGAGAAGGUUGAUUCCCUCAAGUCUGAGGUGCUGGCUGCCGAGGUUGCCAGUGUUGUCCGAGGCCACGCCAAGGCUGGCUGGACUGGUGUUCGUGAGGUGCUGAGGGUCAUGCCCGUUGAGGAGCGGGAGCAGAUUCUCAAGUACCUCCAGCAGUAG